AAACCGGUGCCAACGUGCGCGGACGCCGCCGCCGCCGCCGCCGCUGGAGUCCGCCGGGCAGAGCCGGCCGCGGAGCCCGGAGCAGGCGGAGGGAAGUGCCCCCAGGACCCGCUCGGCCAGCGGCGCCGCACAGAGCGGCAGGACGAGAAGCAGCGAGAGGAGGAGGAGGGGAGAGCGGCUCGUCCACGCGCCCCGCGCCGCCGCCGGCCCGGGAAGGCAGCGAGGAGCCGGCGCCCCCCGCGCCCCGCGGUCGCCCUGGAGUAAUUUCGGAUGCCCCGCCGCGGCCGCCUUCCCGAAUAGACCGGGGAGAGGAGUUGCGGCCAACUUGUGUGCCUUUUCUCCGCCCCGGUGGGAGCCGGCGCUGCGCGAAGGGCUCUCCCCGCGGCUCAUGCUGCCGGCCCUGCGCCUGCCCAGCCUCGGGUGAGCCGCCUCCGGAGAGACGGGGGAGCGCGGCGGCGCCGCGGGCUCGGCGUGCUCUGCUCCGGGGACGCGGGACGAAGCAGCAGCCCCGGGCGCGCGCCGGAGGCAUGGAGCGCUGCCCCAGCCUGGGGGUCACCCUCUACGCCCUGGUGGUGGUCCUGGGGCUGCGGGCAGCACCGGCGGGCGGCCAGCACUAUCUCCACAUCCGCCCGGCUCCCAGCGACAACCUGCCCUUGGUGGACCUCAUCGAACACCCGGACCCUAUCUUUGACCCCAAGGAGAAGGAUCUGAACGAGACGCUGCUGCGCUCGCUGCUCGGGGGCCACUACGACCCGGGCUUCAUGGCCACCUCGCCCCCCGAGGACCGGCCCGGCGGGGGCGGGGGGGCGGCCGGGGGCGCCGAGGACCUGGCCGAGCUGGACCAGCUGCUGCGGCAGCGGCCGUCGGGGGCCAUGCCGAGCGAGAUCAAAGGGCUGGAGUUCUCCGAGGGCUUGGCCCAGGGCAAGAAGCAGCGCCUGAGCAAGAAGCUGCGGAGGAAGUUACAGAUGUGGCUGUGGUCGCAGACCUUCUGCCCCGUGCUGUACGCGUGGAACGACCUGGGCAGCCGCUUUUGGCCGCGCUACGUGAAGGUGGGCAGCUGCUUCAGUAAGCGCUCGUGCUCCGUGCCUGAGGGCAUGGUGUGCAAGCCGUCCAAGUCCGUGCACCUCACGGUGCUGCGGUGGCGCUGUCAGCGGCGCGGGGGCCAGCGCUGCGGCUGGAUUCCCAUCCAGUACCCCAUCAUUUCCGAGUGCAAGUGCUCGUGCUAGAACUUGGGGGCCCCCUGCCGCACCCGGACAUUUGAUCGAUCCCUACGGACGCCCCCUGCACCGCCUCCAACCAGUUCCACCACCCUCUAGCGAGGGUUUUCAAUGAACAUUUUUUUUUUUUUUUUGGCUACAGAGACCUAGCUUUCUGGUUCAUGUAAUGCACUGUUUAACUGUGUAGGAAUGUAUAUGUGUGUGUAUAUACGGUACCAGUUUUAAUUUACUUAUUAAAAGGUCAGUAUUAUACGUUAAAAGUUACCGGCUUCUACUGUAUUUUUAAAAAAAAAUAAGCAAAAG